AUGAGUGUUGUUAGUGCUACAUUUGAGAGUAGCCUAGGUUUGUCAGCUUAUGUCCAGUUCUCGUAUUAUCUUGAGCUGCAAAAGGCAGGUAUAUGUAUGGCAAUGAACAAGAAACCUUCCCCUUCUAUAGCACAUGGUCUUGGAAAUUACGGCUGGCUUAAAGAAGAUAUAACUUCUGAACCUCUGAAUAUUUGUCGUAAUCCAUGCAGUGGCUUCAUAGAAGCAUCUGUUGAUGAUGCUGGCCGUCUCUUGGGGAACUUUCAAGUCGACAACAAGAUUGGAUCAAGCAAUGAAAAUAAUGUACUUGUGUUUCUCCAUGGGUUUCUUGGAACUGUUGAAGACUGGUGUAGACGUCGCCGAACGCCCCGGGAGGGCUUUUUUGUUAAUUGUAUUUUCAGAGAGGUUGUUGGGACAUAUUCAGCAGAAGUGAGGAAGUUAAGCUUGAGGAUUUUGGAUUUGAUUUGUGAAGGAUUGGGAGUUGAAGCGGGUUAUUUUGCAGAUGAAUUGAGCAAGAUCCAGGGACUAGUGGCUAAUCAUUACCCGUCAUGUCCAAACCCAAGUUUGGUCUUGGGACUUGGUGGACACUGUGACCCCAACCUCUUAACCAUUCAGCAGGAUGUGUAUGGGCUUCAGAUCUUCAAGGGUGAGCAAUGGGUCGGUGUUGAAUCUCUCCCUCAUGCAUUUGUUAUCAACAUAGCUAACCAGCUAGAGAUGACCAGCAAUGGGAAGCUAAAAAGUGCUAAACAUCGAGCAGUGACAAACUCAAGCAUUGCUAGGACGUCCAUAGUCACUUUUAUUUCUCCAUCUAGAGAAUGCGUCAUAGAACCUGCAAAAGCACUUGUUAGCGUAUGCAGUCCCCCGCUGUUCAAAGCUGUUCAAUAUAAGGAGUUCAGUGACACUUACAUGGCCAAGACUCAUGAUCCUAACAGUACAGCAGUGGAGUCCUACAAGUUCCAAGCUUAAGUUAUGUUGUGUUGAAGGAAAAUGCAGAUCAAAUAACACAAGCCAUACGCGGUUUGCUAUAAUAAAUUAAACUGCUUGGUUACAUUCUUAAAAUAAAACACAAUUCAGUUUGGUGAAGCAGCUCAAUCCAAUUAAUUCCCAUUCAAGAGGGCUUCAAUUGCUAUGAGGUUUGACAGAGUAAAGUAUAUCUUUUUCCUUUGUGAAUUUUGUCUUAGUUGUACAAUGUGUUUUUAAUAUCAAUUUCAAUUCAGAUAAUUGGUUGGUUUUUUUAGUUU